UUUCUUCGGACUAACAUGGCGACACCUGCAUCAGAUGGGCAGCCAUUGAAACGAAGCAGAAGCUAUGAAUUUUUACCACCUAACAUGUCCGAGCUCCGGGUGGUUCUGCUGGGAAGCAGCUGGUCCCAGAGGAGUUCAGUGGGAAACUUCAUACUGGGAGUGGAUGUUUUUGAAAAUGAAGCUCAGUCAUUUAUGAGAAUGAGUGGAGAAAAGGAAAACAUGAAAAUAUCUGUCAUCAACACUCCAGAUCUUCAGUUUCUCACAGCAGACAAACUGACAGAGUUUAUUAAAGACUGUGCAAGGAUCUCUUCUCCUGGACCUCAUGUGUUCCUGUUGGUUCUGCAGCCUGAAAAUUUCACCGAAGAAGAGAAAAACAGGAUCUACAGAGUCCUUGACACUUUCAGUGAUCAGUCAUUUGAUCAUUCAUUUCUACUCAUUUUACAGUCUAGAUACAAACAUCGCAUCAUCAAUUUUCAAGAUCAAAUGAAAAAGCCUCUUAUAAAGGAACUGAUCAGAAAAUUUAGAUACAGAUAUUUAAAGAUGGAAGAAACUGAACUUUCAGAGCUGCUGACUCGUUUUGGUCAAAUUGUAAAGGAGAACAAUGGAGAACAUGUGAGUUAUGAAGAGUUUAAGGAAGCAUCAACCGGCUUAGAAGAUUGGAAUCAGAGCCGGAAAGAAAAGACAGCAGGUUAUAUUGUAGCUGCUGUUACAGCUGCUGGUCUCAGUGGAAAAAUAGUCGGGAAACAUCUCUCAUAUGAAGCAUCUGGUUUUAGGAUCAUGCUGUUGGGGAAAAGUGAGGACAAAAAGAUAAAACUUGGUAACUUGAUCUUUGGAGAGCAGAGAUUUCAUCAACAGAAGCAGAGUGUGGCCUCCUGUGGGGAGUGGAGAGGAAAACCAGUAACAGUAGUAAAAACUUCUGAUAUGUUCAGUCUGACUGAGGAGAAAAUCCAGAGUGAAGUGAAGAACUGUGUGAGUCUCUGUCCUCCUGGACCAGAUGUUCUGCUGCUGCUGGUGAAACCUUCAGAAUUUACUAAAGAAAACAGAGAAACACUGAAGUUCAUCCUGAGUUUGUUUGAUGGAGAUGCCUUCAAACAUUCAAUGGUCGUCUUAACAAAUAACAGUAAAAAAAGUUCAUCUGUCACUGAGCUCCUCAAGCUAGUUCAGGAACGAUGCUACAACAUGGAUAAUAAUGACCUCAAUCUGUUAAUGGAGGAGAUUAAAAAGAUCAUGUAUGGGAACGAAGGAACAUAUCUGACCUUCAGAAAAGAGACCAGCAGAACCCAACAUGAACAUAGGAAACCUCCACUGAACCUGGUUCUGUGUGGGAGGAGAGGAGCAGGGAAGACCUCAGCAGCCAAGGUCAUUCUAGGUCAGACAGAGCUUCAUUCAGCCUCCAACUCAUCAGAGUGUGUUAGAAACCAGGGACAGGUGUGUGGACGUUGGGUUUCUUUGGUGGAGCUGCCUGCCUUGUAUGGAGAAGCUCAGCAGAAGGUGAUGGAGGAAUCAUUCAGGUGUAUCUCCCUCUGUGAUCCUGAGGGUGUCCACGCCUUCAUCCUGGUCCUACCUGUGGGUCCCCUCACUGAUGAAGACAAGGGAGAGCUACAGACCAUCCAGGACACCUUCAGCUCUCGGGUCAAUGACUUCACCAUGGUUCUGUUCACUGUGGAGUCAGAUCCAGCAGCUCCAGCUGUUGUUAACUUUGUGAAGGAGAACAAGGACAUCCAGAAGCUCUGUCAGAGCUGUGGAGGAAGAUAUGUUGUUCUCAACAUCAAGGACCAGCAGCAGAUCCCAGAACUGUUGGAGAAGGUGGAGAAACGCAUUUCUGACAGGAAGAAUUGGACCGGUUUCACAACGAAAACAUUAGCAUGUGGCCUAAUGGAGGAAAAAUCACAGCUACAGACUGAACUGAAGGAGUUCAACACAGAGACUGCUCUCACAGACACUGAUGAGAAGAAGAGCCCAGAGUGUCUCAGGAUUGUUCUGGUCGGGAAAACCGGGAGUGGGAAGAGCUUGUCAGGAAACACCAUUCUGGGAAGACAGGAGUUCAUUUCCAGUUCAUUUCAACAAUCAGUUACAAAAAGCUGUCAGAAAGCCCAAAGUGAGGUGGACGGUCGUCCUGUUGCUGUUGUCGACACUCCUGGUCUGUUUGACAACAAUUUGUCCCAUGAAGAAGUUGGUGAAGAGAUGGUGAAAUGUAUGAGUCUUCUGGCUCCUGGUCCACAUGUCUUCCUGCUGGUGCUGCAGAUCGGAAGAUUCACAGAGGAGGAGAAGGAGACGUUAAAACUCAUCAAGAAGGUUUUUGGAAAGAAUUCAGAGAAGUUCACCAUCGUCCUUUUUACUGGAGGAGACAAGCUGGAACGUGAGAAAACGUCUGCUACUGAGUUCAUUGCAGGUUGUGAAAUUUCCUGUAAAAAGCUGAUCAAUGACUGUAAAGGAAGAUACCAUGUGUUUAAUAACUACAACGAGCAACACCGUUCACAAGUCACAGAGCUGAUCCAAAAGAUCGACACCAUGGUGAAAGACAAUGGAGGCAGCUGCUACACCAACAAGAUGCUGCAGGAGGCUGAAGCUGCCAUACAGAAAGAAAUGAAGAGAAUCCUGAAGGAGAAGGAAGAAGAGAUGGAAAAACUGAAGGAGGAGCUUGAAAGGAAACAUAUGGAAGAAAAGGAAGAAAUAAAAAGAAAAAUGGAGGAACAGAGAGCAGAGAUGGAGAAAGAGAGAAAACAGAAAGCUGAACAACUUAAAGAGAUGGAAGAAAACAUCGGCAAGGAACGAGAGCAGAGAAAGAAAGACGAGGAAAUUAGGAAAGAGGAAGAGAAGAAACAAAGAGAAGAGGAAGAGCAACAACAAAAACAGUGGGAAAAAGAACGAGAAGCUUUGGAGCGAAAAAUUAUGUCAGAAUCAGCAGAAAAGGAGACAAUCGACCAAAAACUGGAAGAGAUGAGAAAAGAGACGGAGGAAAAGAGAAAAGCCUGGAAGAAGGAAAGAAACAAGUGGAGGAAAAAACGUGGCAGAGAAAAUGAAGAGAGACGGAAAGAGGAACAACAAAAACUGAAAAAGCUUCAAGAUGAAUUUGAGAAAGAAAGAGAAGAAGAUGACAAGAAAAGAAAAGAAAAUGAAAAGACGAGACAAGAACAAGAGGAGAAGGAGAAAAAGGAAUUAGAGGAAAAAUUUCAGAAGAAAAUUGAUGAAAUGAAGAAGGAAUAUGAGGGAGAAGCCAGGAAGCAAGCAGAAAAAUUCAAUACGUUUAAAGAGAAAUACAAGAAAGACUUUGAAGAUCUGAUAAAGAAACAUGAAGAAGAACUGGAUGAUCUGAAGAAGACACACAGCAAAGACUACAAACUGUUAGAGGAUCUCAAAACUCUGACAGAAACGGAUCUGAAAGCUGAAAUCAAGACAAAAGAAGCACAAAACAAAGAAUUAGAAUCUUUGAAGGAAAAGCAACAAGAAGAAUUGGAAGAGUUGAAAAAGAAACAGGGUGAUUGUACCUUAUUGUAAUGAUCCUUUCUGCUAGCAGCUCUCAGUAUUAUGUUGAUGAUCAUCUAACACCAGAACACGAUGGUUUGUUGCAUGUUUGCUUCUGUGAUGUAAUGAAGCAUUUCACGUGUCAUAAUUACCAUGAUAACAAAAUCCUUUGAGUUAAGAAGUUCUGUCACAGUGUACUAUAAGUUUGCUGUCAAUUAUAAGAAUGAAGUGGCUGGAAGCUGAGAGACUUUAACUGGUUUUACUGGGACAAGAAUUCAGGGACACAGAAUCUACAAUCCAGCAGACUGGGAAAGUAACCAAUCCUUACCAGUUCACCAUCAUAAUGGAAAAGUAUGAUGUAAACACAAAGGAUACAUUAGCAGAGUAUGAAAUAAACACAAUAACUUCUAUUUUGUGGCAGGUGAGAAAUCAGCUUAAGAGCAAAGAAACAAACUACUUAAUGUCUCAUUAUGAAUGAAUUACGUCUUUUCUGUUUACUUUUAGGUCUCUUUGGCUCUAUAUAACCUUUCUAAAUGUUAUUUCAUUAAUUCAUGCGUGUAAUCAUACGUGAUAUCAAUAUGUUAGAAGUAGUAUAUGGUACUAAUGAUUAAAAUACAAAUAUUCGAUUAAAUCCUUAUUAAUACAAAACUGAAAUAUGUUCUGUGUUCAUUUAAUAAACCAGUCUAAUAGUUUUA